GCGGAGCCGGCGUGCUCCCGCCUCGCGCGCCAAUCGGGCGCCGCCCCGCAGCGUCGCGCCGCCUCAGCCCCAGCGCGCCGUGCGUGCGUGCGUGCGUGCGUCCUCCCGCUCGUGCGUGCGUGCGUGCGUGCGUGCGUGCUUGCGCUCGGCGGCGGCGGCGGCGGCGGCGCAGCGUCCCCUGCCCCGAAUGAAAGGGCCGGUCCCGGCCAGGCAGCGGCCCUGAGCGACCGGCGGCCGCGGGGGGCGGGCCGCGCCCAGCCGCUCCUCUCCCCGCCGCCACACCCGCCGCACGGCAUUGAUAGGAGUGAAGUGGCAUUCUAAGGUCAUUUAAAAUCAUGACAAGCUCGGUUGGACAGAAAAAAGUCUCUUCAAGACAAAGGAAGUGUGGUUUUUGUAGAUCUAAUAAAGAUAAUGAAUGUGGACAAUUAUUGAUGUCAGAAAACCAGAAGGUGGCAGCACAUCACAAAUGUAUGCUGUUUUCAUCUGCACUGGUAUCUUCACACACUGAUAAUGAGAGUCUGGGUGGAUUCUCUAUUGAGGAUAUUCAGAAAGAAAUAAAGAGAGGCACUAAAUUGAUGUGUUCUUUAUGCCAUUGUCCUGGAGCAACCAUCGGUUGUGACGUGAAGACAUGUCACAAGACAUAUCACUACUACUGUGCUUUGCAUGAUAAAGCUCAGAUAAGAGAGAAACCCUCACAAGGCAUUUACAUGAUUUUAUGUCGAAAACACAAGAAAACUACGCAUAACUCUGAAGCAGAUUUAGAAGAAAGUAUCAAUGAACAUGAGUUGGAGCCUUCACCUCCCAAAGGAAAAAGGAGGGGUCGUAAGGGAAAGCCAAGAAAAACAAAUUUAAAAGGGCAAUCAGAAGACACUAGAUCCACGUCCUCACAUGGCACAGACGAAAUAGAAAGCAGUUCCUAUAGAGACAGGUCUCCCCACAGAAGCAGCCCCAGUGAUACAAAACCUAAAUGUGGAUUCUGUCAUGCAGGUGAAGAAGAAAAUGAAGCUAGAGGAAAGCUUCAUAUAUUUAAUGCCAAAAAGGCUGCAGCACACUAUAAGUGCAUGUUGUUCUCUUCUGGCACUGUCCAGCUAACAACAACAUCAAGGGCAGAGUUUGGUGAUUUUGAUAUCAAAACUGUUCUUCAAGAAAUCAAGAGAGGAAAAAGAAUGAAAUGCACACUUUGCAGCCAGCCUGGUGCUACUAUUGGGUGUGAAAUUAAAGCCUGCAUAAAAACAUACCAUUACCACUGUGGAGUAGAAGACAAAGCUAAAUACAUUGAGAAUAUGUCACGAGGAAUUUAUAAACUCUAUUGUAAAAACCAUAGUGGAAAUGAUGAAAGAGAUGAAGAGGAUGAAGAAAGAGAAAGCAAAAGCCGUGGGAAAUCAGGCACUGACCAUAACGACAUUCCUCAGCAGCAGCUCAAUGGAAACUAGAUCUGCGAUCGUGCUAUACCAAGAAAGGACUGUACCAAGGAAGGACAGGCAUCAGAAGGGUAUUGUUCAAAUUACUUGAGGAUACAGCUGGUGUAAUGCCAGAGUCCCAAGGCAUGAUCAAACACCAUAGCAGUAAGCUGUGCUAUCACUCCAUUUCAAGGAAGGGCAAAAGGCCGGUUCAAUACCAACAUCUGUGUAGCUAAGUAGGAUGAAAUAGAUUAGGUGACCAAAAUAUCUGCUUAUUCAGCAGGUGUUGAUCCACAGGAGGUUCUAUGAUAAAGCUCCAGUAGGAGUUGUACCAGCAUAACUCCUGGAGGGCAGCAAUAAGUCCACCAUCUACACUCCGCAAAGUCUGAUCUUUAGGUACAAAGAGCUGUGCUGAUCUAGAAUGAUGUGAUUAGACUGAAUCUGACUCUAAAUUUCUGCUAUCAGUAUACAGGAAAUGUAGUGUUAAGUAAGAGGCCUUGCUUCUUACUGCUGCCUAAAUGAAGAAUAACUUUACACUGAAGCAGAGUGAGAGAUGAAGGGGUGAUAAUGUAUUUGAAAUAUCAGACUUAUCUGGCAGGCGAUAAUCAGUUCACUCCAAAAACGUUAAUGUGCUGAAUCAGAUUGACAAGAAAAUGAAUCCUAAUUAGUUGAAAUUAAUCCGAAGAGAACUGAAAGUACAUCAUAGCAAAUAGUAACUUCCAUAUCACAAGGAACAGAUUCCACUGUAUUAGUGAUGGAGGUUUAUAAAAAAAAAAAAAAAGAAAAAACCAGAAUACAGCUCUUAAUUUAUAUACUUAUUGAAGCAGAUUCUAUAUAUGCAUAUGUAUGCACAUUCAUUAAUCAGCAGUACAUCUCAACCCUUAAAAGAUCCUGGAGAACUGUUGCUUGUCAAAAAGCACUCAGGUUAGGCUAACACUUGCAGCUUUUGCUCUAGCAUACAUUUACAUUAGGUGUAAAGACAAGGAAUGUGUAAAAGAGGGUAAAUGCAUUCCUAUCUACAAUGUUAUGUAUAUUUUGUUCCUGUUAUAUUGGCUUUACUUCCAAAGUUGUAGUUUGCAGUAUUAGUUUCUUUUUAUUGGUAUCCUUGCAUAUAUAUAUAUAUUCAAUAAAUGAGUUAUGA